AUGCCAUACCACAGCCGCAUGGCCAGCUUGGCCCUCGGUACCCUAGCCACUUUGACCAGCGUCGCGCGUGCCUACCAGGACGACCAAGUCUGGGCUGUCCUCGCCGUCUUGAAUACGUUUGACAGGAGCAACGCGGUGCCGUUUUGUGCAAACUACGUUCACUACCAGGAGCCCGUAGAGACAUGCUGGGUGACUGAUGCACCGGUUACGGUAACGACAACUACGCCUUGUGGUCCCACUUCGCCUGGAUAUCCCAUCACUCCUGCACCAGAACCGACAGAAUAUGGUACAGGCUACGAACCAAACGUUAUCACCAUCUUAACCACCACUACAAUCACCUACACCACCACAAGCACCAUCUACGUCGCCGCAACCGGCUACCCAGCCGUCUACAAACGCGACAUCUACUGCCCAGACUACGAUGUCCCCUGCCGCCUCGUUCAAUACGACGCCUCGGCCAUCAACAUCGCAUGCGCAAAGUACCUCGACCAAGGCGCGGUCGCAGAAACAACUACGAAACACGUUCCUGCUGCGACUGCUACUGUGACCGCUAAGGAUUGCGGUGCGUAUGGGUAUGAUGCUAAGCCUGCUGAGGGAUAUGCGCCUGGGCCGGAGUAUUAUCAUGAUAAGGAGCAGGAUGAGCAUGGGCAUGGGUAUGAGCAUGAGCAUGGGUAUGAGCAUGAGCAUGAGUAUGGCUACGAAGAUGGCGCGUAUAUUGGUGAUGGCGAGGACACACCACCUGGCGUUUACGAUUACGCCGGUGAUGGUGAAGACACGCCACUCGGCAUCUACGACCACACGGUCGGCGACGGCGAAGACGUACCUAGGUAUCUAGAGGGUCCGGUGGGCGAUGGCGAGGAUCUGCCAGAUGCGUUUUACAUGGACGGAACGAAUGAGGAGGAGCAGGAUGAUGGGUUGGGGUACUCGCCUUAUGAUAGGUAG